UUCCCUAAGCACACAGGUUUUUGCAAAAAAAGAUUACAACUUUAUAAUAAUGUUGAGAAAAAUAUUAUGUGGGUUUGUUUCAAAUCUGCAGCUUUGAAACUAUGGAGCUGUGAAUUUCUGAACUGCAAUGCUCGUAGCAGGACAGUGAAGUGGGAAUCUCCAUUUUAAAAACAUUGAGCAUUUUGGAUCUUUUAUUGAAGCUAAUAGGAAGAAGAUAAGGCACAAUCAAUGGAAGGUAUCAAGAUCAAGAAUGGAGAAGAACUAAUCAAAGUAGGAACUACAGGCACAAUCAGUUCACUGAUGAUGAAAGAAUUGGAUCAAAACUCUGCUGCACCAAACCAGCAGAUACCUUCUUCGCUAAGUAAGCCUCAACAACUCUCAACUUCGGUUGCAGCCGGAAAUCCUGGGAAACAACUACAACCAAGGAAGUCAUUAGAUGAAGCCAGCAGCAGCGGAAGCUCUGGGAUUGCCUCGAAAACAAGACUGAAUGGUAGGCAUAAUAGACAUCGAAUACCAAUGCUAAAUUCGGAUGGUUUUCCGGCAGAGAGAACUUCGAUUAAGCAUAGAAAUAAUAAGAAGAGAUCCAACAUUGUUGAAGUGGUGGACAUUAAAUGUGGCCAUCCCAAUAAAGCUUGGGGUAAUCCUAUAUCGAAUUCGCUCAAGAAGCUCGGAUUCUCAAAGCUUUCAGAGAGCAUUGUCUAGAAGCUUGCAACACUUUGUCUGAGACCAAUACUGAUUGAUGUGAUUCGAGCCGGCUAAAGUACUCGAUUUCUUGCUUUGUAAGAAACCCAAUUAUUCCUAUAGUGCCUAUGAUUUUGCAAGGAGGAAAUUCAGCAAUUUCUGUUGUGUAAAGGAGAAUGAAGAGUCUUCUGAUUGAGGAAGGGUGGAACAUGCAGAUUGUAAGGCAUUUUCUUAGGUUUGGUAACAUUUAGUUUCAUAUGAA